GAACAACAUAGGCAUGUUGUUAUCAACAAAAAAACAUGCACUCAUUGAAGCUUCACUUUUAUUUAUUAUAAUUCAAUGUACAUCCCAACAUAUAUAAAAUUCCACUCAUCAUACCAUUCCCAAAGAACUCUCUCGUAUACUCUCCCAUCACCUCCCCAUUAAACAAACAAACAAACAAACAUCUUGUUGCCAAGAAAGAGGAAGCUCAAGUACUCAAUCUUUUCCCCUUUUCAUCCCUUCAAUAUGUAACCAAGUUGUAGCCUUUUUUAUAUCUCUUAUUUCCAGUUGCAUCAAAGGAUAAAAAGCUCAAAUCUUGCAGUUUAGUUUCUUGAAAACCCCCACAAAUUGUUGUCUCCCUAAUUUGCUAUACAAAUUGUUGGUGAAGCGAUGAAACGAAAACCGAAGUUAUCUUGACAAUCUCAACUGGGUUUGCUUCAGAUCCAUCAACCCUAGCUUCUAUGUGUGAAAUCUUGAAAAAAGGUUUGAAAUUUCUUGUGGGUUUUCUAUGAUCUUUGAUGGGUUUGUUUCUUUUGGUGUUUCUAGAUUGAUUUGUAGUUUGUAGAGUUUGUUCUUGAUGUUUGUCUGUGAAACUGUGAAAUUAGGAUUUAGGGUUUUGAUUUUGUUUCUUGAUUGAAGAAUCUUGUAUUCUGUAGAUAGAUGUUUAAAAAAAGUAACGAUUUUUAGGAUAGAAAUCAGAUCCGAUACUUCACCACACCAGAUCUGUUGACCUUUUUUGAUGGGUCAACUGUAGACUAAUGUUUAUAUAUGUAUCGAUGAAUCGCGUUCUUUAGAUCACCUGCACACCGCCAUUUUUAAUCCUUGAUCUUCCUUAAAAUAAAAAGAUUUCGAAAUUAAUGGGUUUGAUUGAAGAGAUGACACCGGCCGCUUCGAUUUCGAUUAGUUUAGCUAGUCCCAUAUCGAAAAUCGCGCUAUUAACGGGCGCAACGAGCUUGCUAUCUGAUCAUGUUCCCAUGUUUCUCGAUGGGUCAAAUAAUGAUCUUAAUAUGAUUCAAGAAAUUGGAACCGACGGGUUGGUUAACGUUAACGGUGAUAUUAUUAUUCAAGAAAACAUCCCAAAAGAAAUUAUGUCCAUCGGGCAUGAAUCAAAUUCGAUUACGGUUGCGAUCACCGAUAUAGACGAUGGUCAGAUAGUUGCGGAAGUAAUAAGUUUAGGGAAAGAAACAAUCGAGAGUGCGAUCGGGCAUACUUUAACAGCAUCGGUAGUGGUGGUUGCUGAUAAGACUCAUAGUAAAACCGUAAGGAGUGUUUUUGAAUUAGAAUAUGUGCCGCUUUAUGGGUCUCAUUCGGUUUGUGGUAGAAGACCGGAAAUGGAAGAUGCGGUUGCAAGUGUUCCUGCAUUUAUGAAAAUUCCUUUGAAAAUGUUGGUUGGCGAUCGUGUAAUUAAUGGGAUUAAUUCAAAUUUGAAUGAUUUGACUGCUCAUUUCUUUGGAGUAUAUGAUGGUCAUGGAGGCUGCCAGGUGGCCAAUUACUGUCGUGACCGUCUUCAUAUUGCUUUAGAGGAGGAAAUCAAAGUUAUGAAACAAGAACUGAUCAAAGGAACCACAAAUGAGACGGUACAAGUUCAAUGGGAGAAAACAUUCAUAAAUUGCUUUAAAAAAGUCGAUGAUGAAGUUGGAGGUAAAACAAGCGGAAUCAUUGACGGGUCAAAUGCGAUCGCUGAACCCGUAGCUCUAGAAACUGUAGGAUCCACUGCUGUGGUGGCAUUGAUCUGUGCAUCGCAUGUUGUAGUUGCAAAUUGUGGUGAUUCGAGAGCCGUACUUUAUCGUGGGAAAGAAGCCAUUGCUUUGUCAAGUGAUCAUAAACCGAACCGUGAAGAUGAGUAUGCAAGGAUUGAGGCGGCAGGUGGCAGGGUCAUAGAAUGGAACGGGCCUCGAGUUUGUGGUGUCCUUGCAAUGUCAAGGUCUAUUGGUGACGGGUAUUUAAAGCCUUCGAUAAUACCUGAUCCGGAAGUCACAUUUACACCCCGAGGUAGAGACGACGAGUGUCUUAUUUUAGCUAGUGAUGGUUUAUGGGACGUGAUGUCAAAUCAGGAAGCGUGUGAAGUUGCUAAGAGACGCCUUUUAAUUUGGCACAAAAAGAACGGUGGAUCGGCCAUUGAGGGGGAGGUCGGUGGGCCGGAUCUAGCGGCACAAGCAGCAGCUGAUUAUCUUACAAUGUUGGCUCUUCAAAAAGGAAGCAAAGAUAAUGUUUCUGUGAUUGUGGUGGACCUCAAAUCCCAAAGGAAGUUUAAAGCUAAACCUUGAUAGUGUUAUGUUCACCCAUCGUUUGAUCAUGAUAUAGUUUUUGUACAAUCUAAAAAAAAAGAAAAAGAAAAAACUUAUGUGUAUUUCUUUGUUUACUUAACUGCCCCAUUUCUUUAAAUAAGACUGGAUUUAUAAGGGUUUUUAAUGAUGUAAAUCACUUGACUUUAUUGUGUC